GCGACGGUCACUUGGCAAAACGAAAAUCGAAAAAACCGACGAAUCGAAAAUCGGAGAUCACGGAUUCGAUUCACUUGAUUCAGAACCUAACCGAAUCAGAAUCCGAAUCCUCUGCGAUGCGAUGCGCGCGCCAAUCCGCUGAACAGUCGCCCAGUGAAGUUUGCAAUUAAUUUGCAAAUCAAUUUCGCUCCGCCGCCGUCGCGCACACACACACACAUACACAAACACCCGCACCGCGCACACAUACACACACGCGAACCGCGACACGCAUAGUGAGAAAAAAGUUGCAAUAAAAGCAAAAGAAAAACAAAUUCAACGCCGUGCUCGUGGGAAAAUCGAUUUUCCUUUAACAACAAAACGCUGCUACUUUGGGCUUUUCCAAGCGUCUUCGUUGCAAUUGCUUUUUUUUUUUUCUGUGCACAGUACGCCGAGAGAGCGGCGUCAACCGGUGCAGAGAGCAAGAGAGAGAGAGAGAGCAAAGGAGGAUUGGAAGAGGGAUCAAGGUGUUCAUUGGCAGAAAAUUAGCAAGGCAACAAACGUUUAUAAAUAUAUGUACAAUAUAUAUUACCAAAUAAAAAUCGCAAAUAUUCAUGUGGAGACAACAUCGCCAGCAACAACAACAGAGACCCAGCAACCAGAGGUUCUAAUACGAAAAUAACCCAAACAAAUCGGCGGCAGCAACAACAAGGAGAGUGCGAAAGAGAGGCGCCAAAAAGGAAUAAAAAAGUGUUUCAUUUUGCGGCACACCCAAGAACGCGGAAAACUCCCGCCCACCCGCGCCACGCCCCGCACCAACCCUGCCACACCAAUACCAAUAACAGCAAUUACAAUAAUAACAACAACAGCCUGCAGCAUAGUGGCGAAGAAAGACUGAGGAAAAGGCGGAGAUAGACAGAUAGCAAAGAAAUCCAAACAUCGGACACUCGCUCUUCUUCUUCAUCAUCAUCAUCCUCUUCUUCUUCUACCCAAUCCGUUUUGGCAUGGAAAACAUGAAAUGUCUGACCAGGAAACAGAGCUGAGAGUCUCAAAUGCAAGCAAGCCAACGCCAGCGGCAGCAACCAAGUCGUCCAAGUCCAAGUCCAAGUGCAGGUCAAAGUCGACCAACAGCUGAAGAGGAAGCGGCGAGAAAGGCGACGAGACCGCGGAGCAGCAGCACAGCCGGGAGCUGAUAGAGCGUCACCACCGGAGCAGCACGUAUUGUGUGUUUGGGGGUGCCUGGACCAAACUUCCGUUCCGCUCGGCACCAAUCGCCGAGCAACAGGCACAAACAACUUACAACUUACAACAACCUUUAGUCAUUCAUUCGCACUCAUUUGAGUUGGGAUCGAACGAACGAACGAACAAACAAUCAAGGCAGAUAAGGAUUCCCAAGUACGGAAUCUCCAGAGCACAAGUCUACUUAAGGCGACAAGGAGGACGAUAGCCACUUAAGAUACUUUAUUACACACAAAACACAAAAAACCCAACUGAAAGUAAACAAAAAACAAGACACAAUCCGUAAACUGCAAUCCGCGACCCGCAAACCAAGAUGAACUCCACCACAAAGCAUCUGCUGCACUGCACACUGCUCAUCACUGUGAUAGUUACCUUCGAAGUAUUCUCCGGCGGUAUUAAGAUUGACGAGAACUCGUUCACGCUCGUGGAUCCAUGGACUGAAUACGGCCAGUUGGCCACGGUUCUGCUGUACUUACUGCGCUUUCUCACGCUGCUCACGCUGCCCCAGGUGCUGUUCAACUUUUGCGGCCUGGUCUUCUACAAUGCCUUCCCCGAAAAGGUCGUUCUCAAGGGCAGUCCCCUGCUGGCGCCCUUCAUCUGCAUCCGUGUGGUCACGCGCGGCGACUUCGCCGACCUGGUGAAGACGAACGUGCUGCGCAACAUGAACACCUGCCUGGACACCGGACUGGAGAACUUCCUCAUCGAGGUGGUCACCGAUAAGGCGGUCAAUCUGUCGCAGCAUCGCCGCAUCCGUGAGAUCGUGGUGCCCAAGGAGUACAAGACGCGAACCGGGGCGCUCUUCAAGUCCCGUGCACUGCAGUAUUGCCUGGAGGACAAUGUCAAUGUGCUGAACGACAGCGACUGGAUCGUCCAUCUGGAUGAGGAGACGCUGCUUACGGAGAAUUCUGUGCGUGGCAUCAUCAACUUUGUGCUCGAUGGCAAGCAUCCGUUUGGCCAGGGCCUGAUCACCUAUGCCAACGAGAACGUGGUCAACUGGCUGACCACCUUGGCGGAUAGUUUUCGCGUCUCCGAUGACAUGGGCAAGCUGCGUCUGCAGUUCAAGCUCUUCCACAAGCCGCUGUUCAGCUGGAAGGGCAGCUAUGUGGUCACCCAGGUGAGUGCGGAGCGUUCAGUGUCCUUUGACAACGGAAUCGAUGGCUCGGUGGCCGAGGAUUGCUUCUUCGCGAUGCGUGCCUUUAGCCAGGGAUACACGUUCAACUUCAUCGAGGGCGAGAUGUACGAGAAGUCGCCGUUCACGCUGCUGGACUUCUUGCAGCAGCGAAAGCGAUGGCUCCAGGGCAUACUGCUGGUGGUCCACUCCAAGAUGAUACCCUUCAAGCACAAGCUGCUGCUGGGCAUCAGUGUCUAUUCGUGGGUCACCAUGCCACUGUCCACGUCAAACAUCAUCUUUGCGGCACUGUAUCCCAUACCCUGCCCGAAUCUGGUCGAUUUCGUGUGCGCCUUCAUCGCGGCCAUUAAUAUCUAUAUGUACGUCUUUGGCGUGAUCAAGUCCUUUUCGCUGUACCGCUUCGGAUUGUUAAGAUUCCUGGCCUGCGUGCUGGGGGCGGUUUGCACGAUACCCGUAAAUGUGGUCAUCGAGAAUGUGGCCGUCAUUUGGGGCUUGGUGGGCAAGAAGCACAAGUUCUAUGUGGUGCAGAAGGAUGUGCGCGUACUAGAGACUGUCUAGGGUAUUGUGGAACUGGAGGAUGGAGUAUGCAGGAUGCAGGAUGGAGCAGGAGGAGUCAUCAAGUGCAGCCAUGGUCAUCAUAUCGCCCCUUUCCCCCGCAAAAAAAAAAACGAAACCAAAAACCAAAUUAAGCAAGGCAAAAACAAAAACGAAAUUUCGCACAAUUUGGCCAGGCUCAGUGUGUUGUCCUGGCAUUAUCUGAUUGAUUUACUUUAUUUGUACAUUUUUGUUUAAGCAUAAGAGUCACUCAACCACAACACCCACAUACACCUGCACAAGACACACCCGCACACACGUACACACGCAUAUAAUUGUUGUUUCGUUCUAAAGUCAUGAUCAUACACAAUUUUGCCAAAAAGAAACGAAAUCAGAUCAUCAUAGAAAUCAGCACAACAGAAUACAAGGGCGUCUGACCCAAUGAACAAAUGCAAUAUACAAACACGUCUUGAAGAGAGAUCGAUGAAAGUGCAACACUCACUAGAAGAUACAACUGCAAUACAACUAUUGGGGCAAUCACAAUGAAGAAAACCACACACACACACACACGAAAAACUCUCCAUUAAGUGUAAUUUUAUUAUAUAAAUAUCUAUUUUUUUGUAUAGUCCGUAGUGAAAAAUGCGCUAUAUUUAUAGAAACAUAAAUAUUGUAUGUACAUUGUAGAUUUAUUAUUACAAUUACGAUUAUUUAAAAGAAUGUGUACAUUGAUGUAUUGUAAAUUGAUAAUCUGUUAAAUAUCAUUCACACCGAAACCAAGGUUAUAAAGCAAAGUAAACUUGAA